AUGUUCAUCCAAAAAUCAAUACUAACCUUUUUUAUAGAUGAAGAGUUUCAUGAAUUUAUUCCUACAAUUAAUAAAUUCCAUUGGCAUUUUAAAAAUUUUGAUGGAUUUGCAUUAUUUCAAAAUGGUGAAAGAAUAUUAACAGGAGGAGAUAAUGGAGUUUUAGUAUUUUGGAAAACAAUAGAUGGUAGUCAAUCUUAUCUUCCAGAAAUUGGUGCUGAAAUAAAGAAAAUUACAGUUAACAAUAUAUCAACAUUAGCUGCAUUAUCACUUGCAAAUAACUCAAUUGUUAUUGUUAGUUUAUCACAAAAGAAAAUUGUUAGAAUUAUUGCAGGACUAAUUAAAUCAGAUAAAAUUAUUAUUCAUCCAGGUCCAAAGGGUCAAGUUAUUACUACAGGAAAUGGACCUAUUCUUCAAUUUUAUGAUCCAUCUGGUGAUAGGUGUGUUGCUAGUGCUGAAGUAUCACGACCUAAUGUUCUUCUUGAAUCACUUGAGAAAAGAAAACUUCCAGAUGCAGAUGUUAAAUAUACAUCAUUAGAUCAUGUUUUUAAAGUUUGGGUUCUUGUUACUCGACAAACAAUUAAAACAAAAGGAGGAGUCCGAUCGAAUGUGACAUGGAAAUGUAGGUCUAUUGGUGCUUAUUAUGGAGAGCCAUCAUAUUCUGCAUCUAUAUCUAAAGAUGGUAGUGUUAUGGCAGUCUCGUUUAAAACAGCAAUUACUAUAUGGGAUGUUUUAUCAAAUAAGUUAUUAUUUUCACUUCCUGUUCCUUAUGAACAACAUGGUAAAGAAUUUAUACCUGUUGAAGUUCAAUUUUUAUCCAACUCACAAUAUAUUCUCACUAAAUCAAAACAAGGUGUUAUUAUAUAUGACCUUCUUUCUAGAAAGAUUUAUCAAUCAUUCCUUUGUACUCCAAUUCUCAUUGCUGCACAUCGUACAUUAAAUUUAUAUUCAUUUGUUAAUAAAAAUACUGGACAUUGGGAUGUUUUCUUAAUGAAAAUAGGAGAAAUAAAACCAGUUGCUUUACUGGACUUGAAUAUAUUUGUGCAGUGA